CAAGGAGUGGCCAAGUUGAUGAACUACAAAGAUAAUGUUACUAGAGAAUUCUCCUAUAGGGCGGAUGGCAGCUGCUGGUGCAGGGUUAACUGAGCUUCCCCUCACACUAAGGGACAUCUUGGAGUUGCUUAGCUGGCGAUAGCGGGAUCCCGGCCCCCAGGCACCCCCAUCGGCGCUGUCACUGUACUGCUGGAACUUGAGGCAAAGGAUGAUGGAAUCACUGGAUACAGUCUAGAACCAAGGGGCCAGGGAAACAGAAUUCACAUACCAUCUAUCCUGUGAUACAGAGCACGGUGACAAGGUCUCCGAAUUGAUCGCAACCCCACAUUUUCUAUAUAACUAACCCAGCAUAGUAUUCGCCAUAACCAUUCGCACAAUUCGCGGUUCUGCCAAGGUUGUGUCCACGGAAUAUCAGCGGAGAGGGACGUCACAUGACUCCACCCGGAAUUCAAAGGAUAUGCCCGGAGAGGCUCGUUUAGUCAAUGCUGGGUAAGGGCAAUUCCGCUUCCAAACGAGUCAAUCCGGGACAAGAUAACGCUUGUUGAAUUUGUAUGUGUCAAAGAAAAAUAAAAUAGGAAAAGAAAAAUCAAAAAAGAGGCACGGGAAAACACGGAGUCCCGACUGGUUGUUAUCCCACGAAUCACCACUAUCAACCCCGACUAUAUAUUUCAUAUAUGGCCACAAUGGCCUUCCCACUGUUCACCCAUUUUUUGGCUCAGCGUCCAACUCUCCCACAGCUUAUUCCCCCAGAGUUAUCAAACUUUCCCGCUGUCGUGACAUGGCCCUUCAUCUCCGCUCUCCUUGCCGUAUCACCACUAUCAAGAAUAGUUUUCCACGUUUAAUCCCCCUCCAGCUCUCCCAAUCAAUGCACCUGCCUGCCUCCGGGCCACGACGGACUCUAACAAGCGCAACGUGGGACGGACCACCACCGUCCCCACUGAACGAUGACCCAAGGCGUCGUCGUGCCCUAGAAAGAUUGCCAACGGCUGCCCUGCUGAGGGGUAUCGUCAUGCAGGCCGCCAUGUCGCAGCCGUAUGUAAUGGGCGCUGCAUCAGCUUUGGCUCAACGGAAUAUUCAAAUUCUGACGAGCAAUUUCCCGCUGAGAUUCCUCCUGGAUAAAAUCUUCUACGCCCAGUUCUGUGCGGGAAGCACGGAGGCUGAGAUCAAGAACACGGUUCGCGACCUAAAGGCACUCGGGUUCAAGGGCGUGAUAACAGCAUAUGCUCGUGAGGUAGAUCUCUCGAAUACCGCUGAAGCUGACAGUGAAGCUAAACAUCAAACCUCACAUCAAGGGCAUGUUACUCAGUGGCUAGAAGGGUCCCUGAAAGGGGUCCAUUAUUCGAGCCCUGGUGACUUCGUUGCGUUAAAAUUCACGGGAGCAGGGCCGGAAUGUGUACGCUUGCUCGAAGCUGGCUUGGCACCAGAUGCAGCGAUGGCAGAAGCCUUGACGCAGAUCUGUGACUCCGCCAAAUCCCGAGGCGUUAGGCUGCUGAUUGACGCUGAGCACCAUUCCCAGCAAGCGGGUAUUGAUUCUUGGACGAUGUACCUCAUGGAGAAAUAUAACCAAAAUGGGAAUUUAGUUGUGUACAACACCUAUCAAAUGUACCUUAAAGAGUCCACCGCGACUCUUACAAGACAUCUCGAACGCGCACGCUCUGGUAAAUUCGCCUUUGGCGUAAAACUAGUUCGGGGUGCAUACCUCAAGAGUGACCCACGCCACUUGAUUCACGACUCCAGAGAAGAAACAGACCGCGCUUACGACGAUGCAGCGCGAAUGCUGGCGACGCAGCAUCUUGGUGAUCCUUCUGCACCUAAAAUCGGAGUGAUGCUGGCCACACAUAACUCGCAAAGCGUGGAGAUGAUGCGGAGUCUGCGGCAAGAGCAAAUGCAAAAACAACUGCCUUUGGCAGAAGUUGUCUAUGCCCAGCUAAUGGGCAUGGCAGAUGAGCUGUCUCUAGGUCUCUUACAGAAAAGACAGAACGUUAUCGAAGAGGAUAUUCAGGUCUUUAAAUAUGCCGUAUGGGGAACAACAGAGGAGUGCAUGAUGUAUCUACUACGGCGGGCAGACGAGAAUCGUGAUGCAGUUGAUCGGGGCCAACUAACCCAGCAAGCACUCUGGCGGGAGCUACGCCUGAGACUAUUUCCAUGGAUCUCGGUAUAAAAGCGUGGAAAUUUGCUUUGCAAAGGGCAUCCAAGUUCGCUAUAUGGUUUGAUUUAGUAUUGGAGUUAAAAGUAAAGGCGUUCAAUAGGGUUGUAGAUAUACCUACCUAGGUAGGCAUCUGUCGGUAGUCAUAGAGUAAUGAUGAAUUGCAAUUUCAUCCAGUCAACUUCAAACCUAUGCGGCGCGCUCUAACGGUGCCAAGCGCGUAAUGUCACCGCAACUAUAAAGGUACCUUUUGUAUGAGUUGAC